GAGGACAUGGCGGCUGCGCAAGGUGAGGGAGGGGAGCGGAGCCCCGGACCGGGAUCCGGGCCCGAACUUGGGUCCGGGCUCAGGCACGGGGGGUGCCGGGAGCCUGGGCCGACUGCGGAUUCGGGUCCUUGUGGAGAGGAAUCCCCCUGCAGGCCUCAGGGCCCUGUGGGGCCGAGGGGUGGCCACGAAGUAAGAGCGGAGAAGGCAGCUCCAGGAGUACCUGGAGGCCAAAGGGAAGCUGAAAUGCCCCAGUACCAACUUGACAGGAACAAGAAGGGUGCUGUCCAAAACGUAGCAAAAGGCACCUGGAAGGAUGGCAAGCUUGCUGCCAAACCUGCACAGCCAGCUGGGUGUGCUGCGCUGCAGCAGUCUUCACGUGCAUCGCAGAGAGUGGCAGUGGUACAGCCACGGCAGCUGGGGAAGGACACAAAGCUGCCUGCAGGGCUCGUUCCAAGCACAAACCCCUCUGCACAGCGCAGAGGGAGGCUCCCAACUUCUGCCUCUCGUCUCCUAAACCCUGGAGGGCUGGAGGAGACUGGAAGUGGCCAGCCUGCGGCCGGGGCACCUUGCUUACUGAAUAAGGGCCUGCAGGAUCGGCUUGGCUGUGGCAAAGAGAACUUGCCAGCACGAGCAGCUACAAACCCUGUGCCCAGCAACACUUUUCAGUCUAAUGGGAACAAUCUGGGGAAAAAGAGAGCCUUGGCUCAUGGGCAGGGCUCAGGCGCCGUGUCAAGGACUGUCAGGGACCCAAAGGACAGAAUUAAUAGCUGCCAGGCUAAGGAAGUGCUGAUUCAGGAGAAAUUCAGGAAACCCCUGCCAGGCUCAAAGAGUGCAUCCCAAAAACCAAGCGGCACGACUCGGCCAUUGCAAUCCCCUCAGUUACUUGCUAAUUCUACGCAUUUGCUACAUAAAAAGCCAGUUGUAAAACAGGAAAAAAGCAAUGCAGCAAGGGGACCCGUGGGAAAGCUUGGCACGUCUCUGAUGGGAACUCUUAAGCACUCCAAUAGAGCUCCUGCAAAGCCCCCGGCCUCCAGCCGGCCCCUGGGCACCGCAAGUGGGCCCACGAGGACACCCAGCCUGAAGCUGUGCACCGCAGUGCAGUGGCAGAGACCCACGGUCAGAGAGGGAGCAGACAGGAAGGAUGUAAAGACAGCACCUUCCAGACACACAGCAACAUCCCGAGCGGCAGUCCCCAAAAAGCAGUCUCUUCCCAGCACCUACAGCUCCAGAACUCAAGGAAACCGGGGUGAAUUUGGAAGCAGGAGGGAGAUGCAUAAACCCGAGCUGCCACAGACGCAUGGAGUGCGUGCUGGGCGUGUUCCCAAGAGCCCAACUCCAGAGGAUCGUAGGAGACAGCUGGAGCAGUGGCUGGCUUCCAAAGGCAAGUGCUACAAACGGCCGCCUAUGACGCUGCCUCCAAAAAAGCCAAUGAAACAGAAGGAGAAGCCGCCCCUCAGGAGCGCCGUGCAGGAGGAAGAAAAGCCAGAGAAGCCGGAGCAGCUCUACCAGGCCAGGAUCAAUGCCCUGCUGAGCGAGUGCCUGAAGCUCAUCGAGGAGGGAGUCCCAUCAGAGGAGCUCUCAGCAAUACUGUGCCACGAGCCCAGUGUAGAGAAGUGUGCCAAGUUCUGGAUCUGCAAAGCCAAGCUGCUCGCCCGCAGCGGCCCUUUCGAUGCGACGGGGCUGUACGAAGCAGCGGUCUGUGCUGGUGCUGAGCCACUCCAGGAGCUCAGAGAAGUUGUCCUUGAUAUUUUGAAGACUGCAGAACAGCCAGCAGAAGGGGAGAAGCCCGAGCAGCCCGUUCUGUGGGAGCCCACAACACCUUGCCCAGGUGAGAGGCAGCACACGGCUGUGACUCCAUGCCGAACAGAGAGCGCCCUGAGCAGCCUGCCUGUCUCCUCCAUCAAGCUCCAAGUGACAUCUGUGCCCAGAACGAGGGAGAUGCCAGAAGGCCAAGAGCUGAAAUUCCUGACGCCAGUGCGGCGCUCACUGCGCAUAGAGAGGGUUGGGAGCCGCUACCCGGAGAUGCUGAGGGACCACGACCCCGUGGUGUCAUCCCUCAGUGAAAUCCUGGAUGAUGAUGAGGAGACUCAGUUCUUUUUCCGGAUGAACAAAGCUUUGCCAGAGGUGGCAGAGAUGGAGGUUUUGAGGCUGUAGCCCCAAAUGUUGCCGAGGGAUUCCUCGAGGGCUGCAGGCUCACCCAUGCUGCCUUGCACUUACACUGACUUCUGUUGCCAAUCAGAUGUAACUAUGCAGGGCUGGCCUUUUUCAGCCUUUCUCGCUAUUUUUAAGUGUUUAAAACCUUCCACUAGAGAUGCAGUGUGAGCCAGUGGGGUGGUGACCAAGGUCUGGGGUUGGAGAUGUGGGCUUUGUGCUGUUGGGUCAGCCGUUGGUUCCUCCACCCCAAAGCACACCCUGGUUUUUGUGCUGGCUGAUGGUUCUGCUCGCUGCAGUGCUCUGAGUGCCUCUCAGGGUUUGGGAAGCGAUGUCCCAAGGGGUUUGCUCCUGAAGGAGGAACACAGCCUCUGUCUGGGACCACCCUGCUGCCUCCUGCCACCGGGAGAGCUGUGCUCGGCCUCAAAGCCAGCAGUGCUGUGAGGCGGGGGGCAGAGGGCAGCCCAGGGUGCUGCAGGUUCCCCCCUGUAAGAGGAGCAUGGUGGUUCUGGUGUUUCUAAGCACAGAGCAGAGCUCCAUCUUCAUCUUCCUGCCCCUACCAAACAGCAGUGCUGCUGCCCCACUGCUCCUCCCCGCCCAGCUGUAUGAGUGUCUUUACUCAGUGUCUUUAUCGAGGAACCUCAGCUGCCUGAGGAGCUGAAGGAGCAGCAGACCCAGCAGUGCAGGGCUGUCCCAGGGCUUGCAUGCAGCCGUGGCACUUAUCCCAGCUGCUGGCCUAGGCCUUGGCAAUUGUCCUUUGCUCCAAUCUUCCCCAGUCAUGGGGCAAAGGAAUUUUCCUUUGAAACAAAACAAAACAAACCAAAACCAUAAUUUAUGUCUCUUCUACUACUCUGUAACUCCAAUAAAACUUUGUCAGAAGUUAA